CUUCUUUCCUCAACGUUACGACGACGACAUACCGCCUGGAAGUGUUGAGAGUUUUUCCCAUUUCUCAGUGGACUAGCCAUACAUUCUCGAAGCUUUUGACGGAACCUACCGCUUGCGAUUUGUCACCACGAUCACUUGAUAGCGUACACCACAAGAGUACAUAUAUAUCAAUUCUCAUGUUCCUGGAGCUAGCUUCUUAAACCUCUCCAGCUUGACUCUGUGCGACCAUCAUGCCUCCAAUUACCACUGCUGAUACGGCUGCUGAACAGCCCAGUUCAUCUAUACUCAAGGAAAGAAGAUUCAAGUUAAGCAGAGCAUGCGACAGAUGUCGACGUCGAAGAAUUAAGUGUGAUGAGGGACAUCCUUGCCAGGCGUGUCUAACGGCGAGUUCCGCUUGUACUUUCGAGGAACCUGGGAAGAGAACUCACCCUCAUAAAUCCAAGCGUACAGCAACUCUUGAAGACCGGAUGCAUCACCUUGAAACCUUGAUACAAGCGAUUCCUCCCGCAGUCUUCGCGGCAGGUGGAAACCCAGCACCCAAUCCUCUUAACCCGCCACAAUCUGAUACUCCAAACGCUGCUACCGCUGUACCGUUCAUGUAUCCUAGCUUUCCUUCAGGGAUACCUCCACCAUCGUUGCACGUCUUUCCUCUUACCAAUCCGUCCACUCAUUUCACACCGGAAUUGAAGCCGGAUGAUAUGCAACAAUCGAGCCCCUUGAGCUCUUUCCAAACAUUCAUGGGUAGCUUCUAUAAUACUCAGAAUGCUUCCAACUCCGAACAACUUGCAGAAGAAGCUUCGAGACUUUCCCUGACUGCUUCAUAUCUCUAUUUUGACGAUGAAGGCUAUACGAGAUGGCAAGGAGAAACUUCUGGGCUUCCCUUGCUCGAUCUUCUGAUUGAACGCAAAGCCCCAGAGUCAGCCACGGUGACCAGUAUUCCUUCUGAAGCAUCCCCUACAGACGCUCCAACCGCUAAUUCGGAUUGGUUUCCGAAUCGUAGCCUUCGGAGAACAGAUGUCAAUCCUCAAACCCUUUGGAGAAUGAUCACCUCCGUCAUUCCCCCAGAUCUCAUGGACAGUCUCGUUCAAUGUUACCUUUCUACAUCAUAUUACAUAUUGCCGUUCCUUCAUGUCCCUAGUUUUCUCUCGGACUACGGAAAUCCGCAAAAAUGGGGUGAGCCUGGUUUUGCAACCUUUAUCGUGGCCAUCUGCUGUUUAGCUUCGCGACAUAUGGACGAUCCCCGAGUUCGCGCCAAUCCUACAGAUGGGAUAUCAGCUGGGACACAUUGGUUUGAAUUACUCGGGCGGCUUCGCACGCUGCCAAUUGCUGACCAACCCACCCUUUACACGAUUCAAGCCGACCUUGUUGCUGCUGUCUACGCCGUUGGCCUUGGACGACUGUCUAGAGCUGCUGCACUCCUUUCGGAAGCUGUCACUGUGUCUAUUGAUGCUGGCCUACACAGGUCUGCAGAUACGUAUGAUCUGUUUGACCCCAUCGAGGACGAGAUUCGAAAACGCACGUUCUGGUGCGUUUAUAUCUGGGACAAGCAGCUCAGUGCACAUUUUGGUCGCCCGCCUAUCAUUCGCUUGAGGGAUUGCGAUGUGGCGGAGCCGGCGGCGGUCGACGACGAGUUCAUCACGAAAGAUGGCCUUGGUGUACCGCCGCUUGGAACUGAAUGUCGCAUGACUGCCUUCAUUUCUGCCAUCCGAAUCAUGACUGUGUUAGAAUCAGUCACCGACGUCCCGCCCAUUAAACAAUCCUCUUCUCCCUUCCUUGCACGAGCUACCGCAAUGCUAACAGGAAUGAAAAUCUUCAAUGACUUGCGUGAUGAGGAGGCGCUGCUGGAUGAGAUUCACAACAGUAUUCCCGCUUAUUGGGCUCAUUCCACCGAAACUCUGGCCAGUGACGACACUAUUCGCGUUACACAGGCUCAGAGAAUCCACUCCGCUGAACAAUUUGUACGGAUGUUGAUAUACAGACAUCGUUUCACGAAGCGGGUAGCGGAAAGGAUGAACGGGGACGAGGACCAAAAGCAGAAACAGAGUAAUGAGGAGAGGGAUGCUAUGAUGUCUGCUCAUGCUUCUGCGCUAAAAAUUAUAGCUGCUCAUGUACAUAUUGCUGGCAAGGGUUUAAUGACUUACUUUGGUGUCCAUGUAAUUCAUCAGUUAACCCAAGCGGGAAGGACAUUGGUUGCCAUCCUGCUCAAUUGCAAGUCUGACGUGAUGCAGCCAUUGAUAUCACCCGGCCUCGACGCUUUGCGGUCUUGUGUUGCUCUACUUCGCAGGUUCAGUGGACGUUAUGUCUGUGGAAUACGCUCUGGAGAUCUUCUGGAAGAGUUUUGUCGAUUGACCGAAAUUCCCCUUGAACCCACCAGACAAGGUAGUCCCCAAAAUGACAGCCGUCCCGCGUGGAUCAGGCCAGUACGCAAGAAAACUCUUUCUUCCGCCACAAGAUCAAGUCAAAGUGGGGAUUCGCCCUCGCAACUUGACAACAGUAGUCCAGAAGCUUUCUCUCCUUCGGAUUUUUUCAUGGACCCUCCAAAACCGGCGACGUUCCAGGCCGGGCCCCAAGCCCUUCCUCUCAAUGGGGUUGUUCCGAUUUCCACUACCACUAAUUCGUUCGGCAAUAAUGGCCCUGAUCAGCAACAGCAACAACGGUCUCCAUCAUCGCAGUCAUUCCUAGACCCUUCUGCUAUGGAUUUGAGUUCCCAAUUAUACUUAUCUCACGUCGAUAUGAUGAACAUGUUUGGUGACAACGGGGUGGGAGGAGUGGAUGUCGCUCAGAUGUUUACACCCGAGUUCAUUCGUGCUCAACAGAUAUCUACGCCGACACCUGGCCAAAAUGGGAUCGACAUCGGGCAGGCGAAUGGCGGUAGCCUCCAUUCUGGUUUCUCAAAACUCAGUGUCCCUUCGCCGUAA